AUGGCGACAAGAAGUGCUUCUAUCACAUCGGCCGCCCGGCGUUCCAUCGCAUCUGCGACCAAGCGACAUGGCUCGGUAUCUGACCCUACUGCCGAUGCGCAGCUCGCGAAAAUGGGUUACAAGAGCGAGCUUCCCAGGAAUUUGAGCAUGUUGAGCGUGCUGGGGUUGAGUUUUGCCAUAAUGGCUGUCCCCUUCGGUCUCAGUACCACAAUGUACAUCACUCUAACGGACGGCCAAAGUGUGACUGUGCUCUGGGGCUGGGUCCUCGUCUCUCUGAUCAGUCUUUCCAUUGCUGCUAGUUUGGCCGAGAUUUGCGCCGUGUACCCAACUGCCGGUGGCGUCUACUACUGGUCGGCCAUGCUUUCCACCCGCAAGUACGCUCCCAUAGCUUCCUGGGUCACUGGAUGGUUGACGCUGGUCGGGAACUGGACCGUCACGCUCUCGAUCAAUUUCUCGGGCGGGCAAUUGGUCCUCUCUGCCAUUACGCUCUGGAAGGAAGAUUUCGUACCGAAUGAAUGGCAGACGAUCCUUAUGUUUUGGGCAGUCAUGUUGGUCUGCAUGCUCAUCAAUAUCUUCGGCGCAAAGUAUCUAGACUUGAUUAAUAAGGUCUGCAUCUAUUGGACCGGUGCCAGUGUGAUUAUCAUCUUGAUCACGCUCUUAACCAUGGCUGAUACGAAGCGGAGUGGAGAGUUUGUCUUCGCCCACUACGACGCGAGUGCCAGUGGCUGGCCUGCGGGUUGGGCAUUCUUCGUUGGCUUACUGCAAGGUGCAUAUGUGCUCACGGGAUACGGCAUGGUCGCAGCAAUGUGUGAAGAGGUGCAGAAUCCCGAGCGAGAGGUUCCCAAGGCCAUCGUUUUGUCCGUCGCAGCAGCCGCAGUUACCGGUGUCGUCUAUCUCGUCCCCAUUCUCUUCGUUCUCCCGGAUGUCCAGACUCUUCUCGAUGUCGCCAAUGGUCAACCUAUUGGGCUACUAUUCAAGACAGUCACCGGGUCCGCAGGCGGUGGCUUCGGUCUCUUAUUCUUGAUCCUCGGUAUUCUCCUUUUCGCUGGCACGGGCGCCCUCACAGCUGCAUCACGAUGCACAUAUGCCUUCGCUCGCGAUGGCGCCAUCCCCGGUUCCAGGCUCUGGGCGAAGGUGGACAAGCGAUUCGACAUUCCCCUUGGAGCACUACUACUCUCCACCGUCGUCGACUGCUUGCUCGGCCUCAUCUAUUUCGGAUCCUCGGCUGCAUUCAACUCCUUCACCGGCGUCGCCACCAUUUGCCUAUCGGCAUCCUAUGGAAUGCCCAUCCUCAUCUCUGUCCUGCGCGGUCGCAAGGCAGUCAAGAACUCCACCUUCUCCCUCGGCCGCUUUGGAUACGCCAUCAACAUCGCAAUGAUCGUUUGGAUCUGCCUGGCCAUCGUCUUGUUCUGCAUGCCUGUCAGUCUUCCUGUGACGGCCGGCGACAUGAACUACGCGAGUGUGGUGUUCGCCGGGUUUGCAGCCAUAAGUGUCAUCUGGUACGUCAUACGCGGACGCAAGUCAUUCAAUGGACCGCCUGUCCCCCAGGAUGUGGCGCCGGGUGAAGAGGUUACGGUGGCAGGGCUUGCAACGGCGGACUCGAGAACGGAGAGGAACAAUGAUGUUGAGCAGAAGAUUUUGGAUGAGAAGCACCGGCCGCACCAGGGUGAUGAGCUUAAAAGCACUUCGUCGUGA